AAUAUCAAUAUAAUUAAAUAGAAAAUAUUUAUAAAUUAAAUAAAAUGGAAUACACCUUCAAGAAAGAGCGACGCACGUUUGGCGCUCACGCCAGCUUUAGCGACAAAGAUGAAGUUAUUUUCUCGGAGAAUUCUUCACAAGAGCAAGCUAAGAGUUACAUACUUAAGAAUCCUGUAGAUCGCAUAACACUUUUCACUAGACAAAUGGCCUUGUCGGAGGCCAAUACUGAACGCGCUACAUACAAACAUGUCGGUAUCACCCAUAACGAAGGUGGUUGGCCCAAGGAUAUUGCUAUGUCCGAUCCAGAGCAAACAGUGCGUUAUAAACGUAAAAUUGAGAAAGAUGAAAACUACAUAACACAAGUAAUGAAUCUCACCAAACCGAUGGAGCAUUAUAUACAUCAAAAUAAUGCAGUAAAUAUUUAUGAAAAUUAUUUUGAAAAUCUUGAUCCGGCACCCUUGCCGGAGCCAUGUCGUUCACGUACUGUUAACGUUUAUCGCGAUCCGAAUCCUAUGAAAGUGCCGGUGACACAUCUUUCCUGGUCGCCAGAUGGUGGCAUAAAAAUGGCUGUGAGCCAUUGUGAUAUGAAAUUUCAAGGUGAUAAGACGGGACAACGUUGUAAUUCAUAUAUUUGGGAAAUAGAAAACCCCAAUGAACCGUUUUUGACACUUGAACCCAAAGUAGCUUGUGUUUGCCUGGAAUAUAACCAGAAAGAUCCGACCAGUUUGGUCAGUGGCAUGUAUAACGGACAAGUAGCGGCUUGGGAUACGCGCCACGGCAAAUAUCCGGUAAUGAUAAGUGAACGUGAAAUAUGCCACCGCGAUCCGGUUAACUCAGUACUGUGGAACAAUUCAAAGAGUGGCACGGAAUUCUUCUCCGGGGGCUCUGAUGGACAAGUGUUAUGGUGGGAUACGAGAAAGUUAAGUGAGCCGUUAGAUAAACUUUUAAUGGAUCCAGUGCGCACCGAUGAGCAAGAUUUGGGACGUUCCUUUGGUGUUUCUGUACUGGAGUAUGAAACCACCAUACCAACGCGUUUUAUGGCUGGCACUGAAAUGGGCAUGCUUUUCUCAUGCAAUCGCAAGGGUAAAACACCCAUGGAGAAGAUACAGAUAAGGAUGAUGUGCCAUUUGGGACCAGUCUAUGCUAUAACGCGAAAUCCUGCCUUUGUGAAGAAUUUCCUUACAGUAGGCGAUUGGUGUGCGCGUAUUUGGUCUGAAGAUUGUCGUGAAAGCUCUAUAAUAUGGACUAAAAAUAGUGAUGCUAUGUUGACUGAUGGCGCUUGGAGUUAUACCAAAGUAUCGCAAUUUUUCAUAACCCGCAUGGACGGCGUGCUUGAUACCUGGGAUUUACUGCAACAGCAAAAUCAACCAGUGUUAACGGUGAAAGUAUGUGAUGAGCCCUUACACUGUGUGCGUACCAACGAAAAUGGAAAAUUUGUCAGCUGUGGUAGUAAACUGGGCGCUACCUUUCUCAUCGAAGUUUCAGAUAAUAUGGUUAUGUCUGCCAAGAAUGAUAAACCAUUGCUAACGGCGAUGUUCGAGCGGGAAAAUCGACGAGAGAAAAUUUUGGAAGCUAAAUCUCGUGAAAUCAAAUUGAAAGUAAAAACUAACCAAGGACAAGAUCAAGGUGACCUCACAAUGUUAAAUGGACGUGUAAAUGUUGCACCAUUUAAAGACGCUUGCGAACAAGCAGCAGCCGAAUAUUUUGCAGCUGUAGAACAGGAACGUCUAAGACGUGUUCCUGGUAACAAGCAGGAUGCCGACGAGGCUGAGGCGUCUGAAAUUGAUAGUGCGCGGACGUAAUGAAGGGACUUAAAUGUAGAAAUAUAAUAAUGUUGUGGUUUUUGAAAAUAAAUUAGAAGAUUUCUUGUUCAGUCAAACCGUCUA